AUUACAAAUUAAAAUAAUUUGUAAUUUUUCAGUAUAAGACAGUGCGGCGAGUGUCUUGUAAAUAAAUUUAGAAUAUAUCAAAAAUGGCGAAGCGCAUCGCUCAGAGCUCUAUUAACUGGACCGCUAUUGCGGAGAGGGUUCCAGCUAACCAAAAAACCAACUUAGCCGCCUUUAAAUUGAAGUCUGACACCUACCUUCGAAGAGUUUUGGCAAAUCCUGAGGAAGCACCCAAAAUCAACUGGGCACAUUACAAGUCAGCAGUGGCUGUGCCUGGUAUGGUGGACAACUUCCAGAAACAAUAUGAAGCCCUGAAGAUCCCAUACCCUCAGGACACUGUCACAUCACAGAUUGAAGCUCAGUGGGUUGAAAUUAAGAAAGAAAUUGACGCUUUCAUCAGGGAGUCCAAUGCAAACAUUGCAAAAUGUGAACAGGAAAUUGCAGAGACAAAGGCCUUGUUACCAUUUGAUCAGAUGACAAUGGAAGACUUCCGUGAUGCAUAUCCGGAACAAGCCCUUGAUCCAAUCAACAGACCAACAUUCUGGCCUCAUGAACCUGAAGACCAGCUUAAUUAUGUUGACCCUGAGAGUGCUGGACAGCCAAAACCAGCACAUUAAAGUUGAGAUGUGAUUUGUUUAAAUCAAAAAUUAAGGAUUAUUUAUGUAGGAAUCAAUAUAUACUUGUUCAAUUUUGCUUUAUUGAAUAAAGUCGUCUUUAAUCA